CGUGGCGGUCGGGUCCCGCCGCGGCGAGGGCGGCUGUGGCGGAGUCGGCGGUGCGCAGCGCCGGGCCGGGCCCCUGUGGGCGGCGGUUCCCAAGGCCUGGCGCUGUGGCUGGAGGACCGAGCAGGUCUGCGGCCAAGGCGGCCUCCGAGGCUACCCCGCGGGCGGAUGGCGCAGAAGAAAUAUCUUCAAGCAAAAUUGACCCAGUUUCUAAGGGAAGACAGGAUUCAACUUUGGAAACCUCCAUAUACCAAUGAAAAUAAAGAAGUUGGUUUGGCUUUGAAGGACCUUGCUAAGAAGUACUCUGACAGGCUAGAAUGCUGUGAAACUGAAGUGGAAAAGGUAAUAGAGGAAAUCCGUUGCAAAGCAAUUGAGCGUGGAACCGGCAAUGAAAACUACAAGACAACUGGGAUGGCUACAAUCGAGGUGUUUCUACCUCCAAGACUAAGAAAAGAUAAGAAAAGCUUGUUGGAGACCCGCUUGCACGUCACUGGCCGAGACUUGAGGUCUAAAAUAGCUGAAACUUUUGGAUUUCAAGAAAAUUACAUCAAGAUCGUCAUAAAUAAGAAACAGCUUCAACUAGGGAAAAGCCUUGAAGAGCAAGGAGUGACGCACAACGUGAAGGCAAUGGUGCUCGAGCUGAAGCAGUCUGAAGAGGACGUGAGGAAAAACUUCCAGGUAGAAGAGGAGGAACAGAAUGAGGCGGAACUGAAGGAAAAACAGAUUCAGAGGACCAAGAGGGGACUGGAGAUCCUGGCAGAGAGAGCUGAGAUGGUGGUGGAUCCGGAAACUAUGCCUUACUUAGACAUCGCCAACCAGACAGGCAGGUCCAUCAGAAUUCCCCCAUCGGAAAGAAAAGCCCUUAUGUUAGCUAUGGGAUAUCAUGAGAAGGGCAGAGCUUUCCUGAAAAGAAAAGAGUACGGAAUAGCCCUGCCUUGCCUUUUGGACGCUGACAGAUAUUUCUGUGAGUGCAAAGAGCUGCUGGACACAGUGGACAACUACGCAGUGCUCCAGCUGGACAUCGUGUGGUGCUACUUUCGCCUGGAACAGCUGGAAUGCCUCGAUGAUGCAGAGAAAAAGCUGAACUUGGCCCAGAAGUGCUUUAAAAAUUGUUACGGGGAAAAUCACCAGAGACUGGUCCACAUAAAAGGAAAUUGUGGGAAAGAGAAGGUGUUGUUUUUAAGACUCUACUUGCUUCAGGGGAUCCGAAACUAUCACAGUGGAAACGGAGAGGAGGCUCGGGAGUAUCUCAACAAGGCACGUCAGCUCUUUAAAGAGCUUUACAUCGACCCAUCAAAAGUUCAUAACUUGUUGCAGUUGGGGUUCACUGCCCAGGAAGCCCGGCUUGGCCUGCGGGCCUGUGAUGGGAACGUGGACCAUGCAGCCACUCACAUUUCCAACCGCAGAGAGGAACUGGCUCAAAUAAGGAAGGAAGAGAGGGAGAAGCGGAGACGCCGCCUGGAGAGCAUCAACUCCUUGAAAGGAAUGGGCUACUCCACACAUGUGGCCAAGCAGGCCCUCCACCAGGCAAGAGGCAACCUGGAUGACGCCCUGAAGAUUCUCCUCAGUAACCCCCACAUGUGGUGGCUCCAGGAUUCAGACCCUGAAAGCAACAGCCGUCAAGCAAGCCCUUCCCAGGAAAGCAUCGACCAGCUGGUGUACAUGGGUUUUGACACAGUGGUGGCUGAAACUGCGCUGAGGGUGUUUGGAGGCAACGUCCAGCUGGCAGCUCAGACCCUUGCACACCAUGGAGGAAGCCUUCCCCCUGAUCUGCAGCUCUCAGGAGAGGACUCCUCGUCUACGCCAUCCACGUCCCCUUCUGACUCUGCAGGUACCUCUAGUGCCUCAACAGACGAAGACAUGGAGACAGAGGCUGUCAAUGAAAUCCUGGAAGACAUCCCCGAGCAUGAGGAAGACUAUCUGGACUCAACUCUGGAAGAUGAAGAGAUUAUUAUUGCUGAGUACCUGUCCUAUGUAGAAAAUAUAAAGUCCACCACAAAGAACUAAACAGAUAAACCCUACAGCUCUGCUUGUAAACUGUCACUGAACAGUUGAAUGCUGUGUUCUUUGUGCUCCUCCUGCUUCUCCUUGAUUCUGCUCCAUGGGCCUCUCCUCAGGUGCAGUGACGCAGCAUGGUGAAAAGACUUGCUGGCAGAGGACAGUCAGGAAAGGGCUUCCCGGGCCUGGUUCUGCUGCUCCCUUUCUGCCUCGGCUGCACUCCUAACUGCCACUUGCUGGUUUUCCAUCCUGAACUGGGAAGCAGGCUCUCUGGUGGAGGCAGGGUGGCCCCUGGGGAAGGUGUCUAGGGAAACAUGUGGGGCCUGUCUGUCUCACUCAGCCUCCCUUGUGCAGUUUUCCUCCCGUACCUGCUGCUCAGACUCCUUCCCACCCACCUGUGUGCGCUCAGCUCGGCCCUCACUGCCCUGUACUCCCCCUUUUAAAUCUCCAUUCCUAGUGCUAUGGGAACAUAAUGCUGUCACCAGACCAAAUGGUGGUAGAUAUCUUGAUCUCGAAAUGUCAAUAUUGUGUGCUCUUAGAUCAGUAAAAUAUGUACUUCAAAUUCAA